AGCUCGUCGCCAUCAUUACUCCAGCCCAGCGCAGCGCUGCCGGUGGGGCGGAACACCACUCAUCGACCCUGCUGGAUUGUACGAUCCUCCGACAGACCUGGCACGCCACCGUGUUUUUCACUAAGUGAUUGCCAGUUUGAUCAUUUUCGCUUCGCUACCAGCAUCCCAGACACAAUGGACGAGAAAAGUGACCAAGUUUAUUUGGCAAAGCUUGCCGAGCAGGCAGAGCGAUAUGACGAGAUGGUGACUUAUAUGAAGAACGUGGCGGGUAUGAACGUGGAGCUCACAGUGGAAGAGAGGAACCUACUAUCAGUGGCCUACAAGAAUGUGAUCGGAGCUCGGAGAGCAUCCUGGAGGAUAAUCAGCAGUAUCGAAUCCAGGGAAGAGAGCAAGGGCUCAGAAGAGAAACUGAAGAUGAUCCGGGAUUACAGGCAAACGGUUGAAACGGAGCUGAAGGCGAUCUGUAAUGAUAUUCUGGAUGCACUGGAGAGGCACCUACUGCCCUCUGCUUUCAUCGGAGAGUCUAAGGUCUUUUACAACAAAAUGAAGGGUGACUACCACAGGUAUCUGGCAGAGUUUGCAACUGGCAACGACAGAAAGGAAGCGGCAGAGAACAGCCUGGUGGCCUACAAAACAGCUACCGACCUAGCCAUGUCCGAGCUGCCUCCCACCCACCCCAUUCGCCUCGGCCUUGCCCUCAACUUCUCCGUCUUCUACUAUGAGAUCCUCAACUCGCCCGACCGUGCAUGCAGGUUGGCGAAGGCUGCAUUUGAUGACGCCAUCGCAGAAUUGGACACGCUGAAUGAAGAAAGCUACAAGGACUCCACACUUAUCAUGCAGCUGUUACGUGACAACCUGACACUAUGGACCUCAGAUAUGCAGGGAGAAGGUGAAGAACAGAAUAAAGAGGUACUGCAAGACGUAGAGGACGAGGCCCAGUGAGACUAUGCCACCAACAGCCAACAACUUGAGACCCUUCCCUCACCACCUCACACUCCUCAUCCCUCCUACUUCAUCCCCCCCUCUCAAAUUCACCUUCCUCCUCUCCUUCCCCUUUUUUCCUUUCUUCCACCUCUGCAGUUCCGUGGCCCAGCAGAGCUACGGAGUUAAGCUGGUUUAUUUUUCUCUUCUUUUUUAUUUUUAUAUUAGCCCUUACAUCAUUCAAGUAAAUACCACUUAAUUGAGACAGGAAAUACAAUGUUAGACAGACAAAGAUAAUAAGAAUCCCCUUUUUUUUUUGUCCUGGUACAAGCAGUUCUGAGAUGUUAUCUUUGUUUUCGUUGUAUUUUUGUUUUUUGUUUUUGCUUUUUCCUCAAUAUUUUUAUCAGUUGCUGGAUGUAUUGAGAUUUUUUUCUUAAUGUAAUUACAGAAAUUAACUUUUAUUACUGAUAAUGUUGACUAUUAGUUAUGGGAGCUAUUUUAUCUCUGUUUUUCGUGAAAUGUCGAAUGCGAUCAUCUUUUUUUAUGGGUAAUUUGAAAACUGCAAGUGCCCUUUGUGUUAACUUAGGUUUUCAGUGGAAGUUGGCAAAAUUCGCGAUAUCCAUGUGGGGCAAAGAAGUGCUGAACUUUUACACCAUAGUGAUUCUGUCAUGUUUUUGUAGUUGUCCUUGGACUGUACCUUGUGCUGAAAUACUGUAACUGUGCAAACAUGCUGAAUCUCUGAAGGUCGACUUGCGGCUAGCUGGUGGUUUUAAUUUUCAAAACUUGGGAGAUUUCUCACUUGUGUAAAAGACAAGUCUCAAUUUGGCCCUGCUCCUCGACAGAGAGCUUUAAAAUCAAGAUAGUCAGCGCUUGCAUGCGUUAACACAUCUCUGCUGCUUCUCCCCUACUCUUCACUAAAGCUCCUCUUGGUCCAGAGGUUAUUUUUUUCUUUUGUUUCCUUUGUUUCUCUUCUUGUUUUGCUUCAUUAUGUGUAACUUGGAGCUGAUUUGUACUACUGGAUAUCUGACUGGAGCCACAGACAGGGAAUCUGUAUUGUUCUUACUGAAACACAGCAUGGAAUUAACAUUAAACAAUCUAAAUUAAACAUUACAAA